UGGAGGCUUUCACAAGGUGCCCAUUGGCUCGUGUCAGAGCAGAGCGCAGCUCGUCUUAUAAAAAGCCCAGCGCAUGCUUUUUCCUUCUCCUGGAUCACGGCAGAACCUCGGAUCGCUCGCAUCACUUCCAACUGUUCGGAAGAAGACAAGAAUUCGGCAGUCAACAGGAGUGGUGCGUGGACAUGUGGCUACUAGAGAAACUACGUAACAAAAUGGAGAGCAGCGGGACGUCAUCUCAGCCCCCGCAGACCACUGAAGCAAUACCCGUGGCUGUAUAUGCCAAUGUGCUGACCCCUGAAAAGAUUCCCAAUUUUUUCAUCCCCCCCAAACUCAUAUGCUGCCCACCAGAAGAGUCGUCACCCCCCAAGCCUCAGCACGGCUUGGGCUUGCGAGCAUCCUCCUCCGAUCACGUCAUCUGCGUUCAGAGUCCCAGGGGCAAAAACCCCAGCAGCCCUCGCCUCUUUUCCCGCCUGGGUGGGGACGCACGCAACCUCCAGAAGUCGGCCAACCGCCACAUCAUCCAGAUAGAAAGCGCGGACGAGCCAACCGCCGGGACUCUGGACACCAACACAAACGCAGACCCACAAUCUCAGACUGCCAUGUCAUUGCCUUACGUCCCAAAAGCCCAGACUUCUUACGGCUUCUCCACCCUGAUGGAGUCUCCGCACACCCGACGCAAGGAAAGCCUGUUCCACAGCGACCCCAGCAGCCCCCUUACCUCCCCCAACAGCCAGAGGCGCUCCCAAGGGGGGACUCACCUGGCCCCCGCCAACAACCCUUACCGCUACUUCAGCGGCGGUGAGAGCGACACCUGCUCCUCGGCGGAUUCGUCUCCGUUUAACUCUCCUCUGCUGUCGCGCUCAGCCUCUCUGCUGCGAUCCUUCACUCAGGAGACACAUGCCAAGGUAUCUCGUGCCAAGCGCUCCCUGGCCCGCCACAGCUCUCUUUCCACCGACGAUUGCAGCUCUGCCGACAACAGCCCGAACAUGCAGCGUCGCCGUAUGCGUUGCCCUACCUCUCCUGCCCUGCGCAAGUGCAAGAGCAGCGCCUUAAGGGGCGUCACCUCUGACCCUUUGCAGCGCGAGCACACCGUCAACCUGCACAAGGGCGGGACGCUCAGACUCAGCACGCACUAUGACCCAGAGGCGGCGCGGCUGAGGGUCCGUGUGCUGGCCGCCGAGUCCAUUUACGCCAAGCAGAUGGACCUGAAAAGUAUCAACUGCUGUGUGGCACUUUACCUGAAACCCGGCAAGAAGCAGAAACAGAGAAGCACCAUUAUCAAGAAUAGCAGGAAUCCCGUUUUCAAUGAGGACUUCUUUUUUGACUCACUUCCUAAGGCGCAAGUGAAAAGUAUGGCCAUGAAGAUAAAGGUGAUGAACAAGGGAACCAGUUUGAAGAGAAACAUGCUUCUUGGAGAGCGAGAAGUGAUGCUCAGUGAGUUGCUGGCAGGCCUGUAGGGAAUCUGUCAAGCCUUUCCUGUGAUUAUUCCACUUCACAGAUCUGAUUCAAAUUGGAGAUGUCAAAUGAAUCUUAGGGGGGUUGUAUCUUGCAAAAACCUUAACUAGCAAGUUACAGUACAGUAACAUGAACGCAUCGGCCAUUGACGGCGAUUGACAUCCAAUCAAUUUGGGCUGGGAGGGCCUGGCAGUUAAUGGAUUGACAUCCAUCUCCGUCAGUGGUAUUGAAAUGUGAUCAUUUACUAUCAAUUGAGCUUUAUUUACAUAUUACUGUCGCACAAUGUGUUACGGUUUUUAAUUAGUUGCAAUGGUCAAAUUUACAAGGAAUAUGUAUUGACAUAGACUUCAUAAUGAUAUUGACGGGACACGGGGCCGAUUAAUAGUGGGCCUGCAUUGUUGUCGUGGCUGUCAAAGCUGACCGAGUGGAAUCACAGACAAAGAGCUUUUUUCGUGGAAAAUUCUUGUGAAUAAAUGCUUAAAUCCCUGAAUUCUUUAUAGAUAUGGACGCAAAACAAUCUCGAUUCUUGGUUAAAAGCAUAAAAAACAGUGCAGUUAGCAUUUAUUUUAGGUAAAUAUGUCAAAGUACGAUGGUGGACUGUUAGUCAAUGUGGCGGCCGCUACAUGUAAACAGAGCUUUUCUGGUGAAAAUUCUUGUGAAUUAAUGCUUAAAUCCCUGAAUUUUUAACAGAUAUGGGCGUAAAACGGUCCCGUUUCUUGGUUAAAAGCCAACAAAUGUGCAGUUAUAAUUUAUUUUACGUAAAUAUGUAUAUAAGAAUGAUUCUAGUCCGUUAGACAAUGUGGCGGCAGACUAAAAAACUAAAAAUAUCAUAAUUACCCUGAAGCCUCUAACAAAUCACUCCUGAGACAAUCCUUCCUGUUUGUAUGCGGUACAGCUUUCAUACUUUUUCAACCUAAAUCCGACAUUGGAUCGCUGCAUGUGUCGCUGCGACCGACUGCGAAUACCUGAAGCGGAUUGUGGGACGCCCCCUACUUGAAGGCGUGGCGCAGUGAUGGUCGAAUCUGACCCUUCAAUAUCAUUAUGAAGUCUAUAGAAUUGCACAUCACCCUAUUGUUUUUUGAUGGAACUUGUAUUUGGUCAUGUAUUUGCUCCCUACUGAAUUUAACAGUCCUCAGUUAUUUGCUGUGGAAUCAUGAAAUAAAUGCCUCUGUGUUAAAAAGAUUCAUGUUUAUAUAUUGUACUAACUAAUGCCCUCAGAUGUUUUGUUGGUGUUUGUGCAUGUAAAUCUACAGAAAGGUUCCUGUGAGUCAACUGUGUUCGCAUAAUAAUGUCUCUGUGAAUUCAAAGUCCCUAUUUAAUUUUAGGAAAUACCAUUAUGAUUAAAUUAUGUGUUUCAAAAGUGUAAAAUCACAGCUUGAUUGCUCCCCAGAAAUGUAAACGUCGACAGCAGAGCGAGAGGAAGUUAAGGGGAAAUAAAGAUUAAUUUCCUAUUCGGAAACAGGAUAAAUUUUAUAAAGUAAAUAAGAAAAUCCUAUAUUAAAAUCUAGUUUUUUAUUUUUAGGCUAAAAUGGUUUACGAACCAGGAAUUAUUCUUAAACUGUGAGCUCCCUCUGGUGGCAGUCCAAUUAAUCAACGCCCGAGUAGAGCUAUUGUAUUUAACUUGUGUUAUCUUUAUUUAUUAUUAAGAACAUUUUCCCCAUAUAUCUAAGUGCAGUAUUAAUGAUCAAAUUGUGUGAUGUCACGAUGGCUUACAUUAAUAUCAACUAUGAGGUGGACUUACCUUCUAUACCUUGUAUUCUGAUGAACCUGUAUGGGAAAUACUUGGGGGGUUAAUGAAAAAAAUGGAUUAUUGUA